UGAGAUAGAGGCAUCAACUUGUAUCACAAGACUAAACUGAACUCUGAAUCUGUCCUCUGCUCUCUACCUGCCUCCUCCAUCUCCUUCUUCUCUGUUCUUCCUGUUCUAUCGCCAAGCCUCCUCGGAUCCGGUAGUGCAAACAUAUUAGUAUCAGAGACUUUGAUCUGGAGCCACACCAAAUUACCCACAACCACUUUACUCGCUUCCGCAAGACUAGAGGUGCCAUGGAUCCCCAGUUGAAGCUCAUCAUGGACGAACUCAAGACGCUCACUGCUUCGGUCACUGAUCUGAAGCUCUCGGUUGAGGACUGCAUCGACGGGGUGGAGCGUUCUCUCGGCGACCGCUUCAGCGUCCUGGAAGGCGCCGCAAGUGAAUUUGGGGACUGGAAGCCCCGAAUUGAGUCUUUCAUGGAGGAUCUGCGCGUGGAGGUGGGCGCUCUCCGCAAGACGGUGAAUCGGGUGGUGCUCGAUUCCCAUCUCCCACUACUCCGGGCAUCCUUCCUACGCCCGGGUCGGGCGCUACUCCUACGCUUGCUGGCAAGCCGGGCGACGACCCUGAUGGGCACCGUUCGUCAUCAAGUUCCUGGGAGCCUGUGUUUGGGUCGGUGCUCACCCUUACGCACCUCCCGGUCACGGGAGGAGGUGCUGGAACCCAUGAAGGACUUUCGUAAGCCCGAGUUCUUUUCUUCCGGUCGGGCUGCGGUCAAGGCGCCACUGCCCCUACCUCUGCCGCCCAAGGUGGACAAGGGGGGUACCCCUUCUCAUGUUGCUGAUCAUUGUGCCGCGGAUGCUUUUCGGCCACGACCCUUUGAGGACAAGUUGUCGGCUCUAUGUGCUUAUCACCGUGCUCGUGGGUUGUGUGAGAAAUGCGUAGAGAAGUGGAGCAGGGAUCCUCGAUGUUCAGAACCUCACCCGCAUGUUCUGCAGGAGCUAUGGGAUUUGUGUCAAUUGGAUGAUCCUGCUGAAGGGACUUCUUCUCCGGAUGAUUCGGUUUCUGCUGAUCAGCUUAUGUCUUAUUGGUGGCAGCGGUUCAAGGUGCCUGAUGGGGGAGUCCUACACUGCGACUCUUAUUUUUCUGCUCUGCAGUGGACUACUAAUGGGUGUUCUUUCCAUUCCGAGGCAAAAGUGUUGCCACUGGCACACUAUGAUAUGAUUGUUGGGAUGGACUGGUUGGAGUCCUUCAGUCCCAUGAAAGUGGAUUGGAAACAAAAGUGGUUGCUUAUACCGUAUCAAGGUUCUACUGCACUUUUGCAGGGUAUUCAGUCCAGUAUACCUGAGUUCUCAGUGGUCAAGAUAUGUGUUGUGCUCUUAGUGGAUGGCAAGGCUGUGCAGUUGGAGGUGCCCCCUAACUUACAUGCUCUUUUAGAGGAGUUCUCUGCUGUUUUUCAACCUCCUCUUGGUCUGCCACCUACCAGAGCUUGUGACCAUUCUAUUCCCUUAGUUCCUGGUGCUACUCCAGUUAAUUUCAGACUCUAUAGGUACCCCCUGCUAUUAAGGAUGAAAUUGAGAAACAAGUUGCUGGGAUGUUGCAAGCUAGUAUCAUUCAGCAUAGUCUCAGUCCCUUUUCUUCUUUAGUUUUGUUAGUCAAGAAGAAGGAUCAGACCUGGAGAUUUUGUGUGGACUUCAGGUAUCUUAAUGCUAUCACCGUCAAGUGCAAAUAUCCUAUUCCUAUUAUAGAUGAGUUCCUGGAUGAGUUGUCACAGGCCAGUUGGUUUACUUCCUUGGACCUCACUGCUGGUUUUCAUCAAGUAAGGUUGAAAGCUGGUGAGGAAUUCAAAACAGCUUUUCAAACCCAUUUUGGACAUUAUGAGUUCAAGGUUAUGGCAUUUGGUUUAUCUGGUGGUCCUGCUACCUUUCAGAAAGCAA